GAUUAAAAACAUCACGUGACUUUAAAAUGGCCACCUCUGUGUAGUUUGGUGCUUGUUUACACUGUGUCUUUGUGUGUCAAUAAUGUUCAAACUACGUCAAUCAGUAUUUAACUGGUACAAAACUAUUGCUCGCAAAAGCACAUCUGCACCAAUGACUUCUGAGUUGCAGGAACUCGAACGUCAAGCAGCUGCCAUUCCGUUUGCCCAUGCGAAACUUGGGCCGUUUUUCCAAGACAAACCGGAGUUGCACAAUCAGUUCACAGGGGACACAAUUCUUCGUAGCUAUCUUAGAAGGCACAUACCUUCACAGCACUUGCCAGCAAUUGAAUCGGACCUUGAGAGAUUUGGUGGAAGGGUCGCGACAGAUCUGUAUGACCUUCACCUGCAAUGUGACAAGGAGCUUCCACAGUUGGAGCAGUUUGACGCGUGGGGUAGACGAGUUGACCGCCUCAUCACAUCCCCAGCAUGGAAGGCGAUGCAUGACGUUUCCGCCGAGGAAGGCCUCAUUGCCAUUGCAUAUGAGAGGAAGUAUGGAGAAUGGAGCCGCCUGUACCAGAUGGCCAAGGUGUACCUGUUCUGCCCCUCUGCUGGGCUGUACAGCUGCCCCCUGGCAAUGACAGAUGGAGCUGCCAAGAUCAUUGAGUCUGUGAAGGGUCAGCAUCCAUGGUUGAUGGAACGGGCAUAUAGCCGUCUUACCUCUCGAAGUCCAAGUGAAUUCUGGACUUCGGGACAGUGGAUGACAGAGAGGAGAGGAGGCUCUGAUGUUGCUCGAGGCACUGAGACUUUGGCUGUGUCACAGGAUGAUGGCAGCUAUACACUCCAUGGUUACAAGUGGUUCUCCUCUGCGACAGAUGCUGAUAUGACCUUCACCCUGGCUCGGUGUAUAGACCAGAGUGGUAACAUAGUUCAAGGUACACAAGGUUUGUCUCUCUUCUAUCUGGAGCUCAGAGAUGAAAAUGGAGCGCUCAAUAACAUCCAACCUCAGAGACUGAAGAACAAGCUUGGAACGAGACAGGUGCCAACUGCGGAACUUCUCCUUGAUGGUACACGUGCUGCUAAGGUUUCAGCUGAAGGGCGUGGUGUGGCCUCCAUUGCUGGCAUGCUGACACUGACCCGACUGCAUAACUCCAUGGCUGCAGCAGGCGGCAUGAGACGGAUCGUGAACCUUGCCCGGGACUACAGCACACGCAGACAUGCUUUCGGGAACCCUAUCAAGAACUACCCUCUGCAUGUCCAGACACUGGCCAGGCUGGAGGUCGAAGCCCGUGCAGCUACCUUGUUGACAUUGGAGGUAUCCCGACUUCUGGGGCGGGAUGAUGUCGGCAUUGCCACAGAUGAGGAGACACAGUUGAUGAGACUUCUGACCCCCUUAACUAAACUUUACACAGGGAAACAGGCGAUGUCCGUCACGUCAGAGGGCCUGGAGUGUUUCGGAGGUCAAGGGUACAUUGAGGACACAGGUCUGCCCGGGAUGUUGCGAGAUGCACAGGUACUGUCUAUCUGGGAAGGCACCACAAACAUCCUGUCCCUUGACGUGCUCCGAGCCAUCUCCAAGUCCGGAGGCUCUGCUCUGAAAGUGUACCAUGAGGACAUCCAGACAAGACUAGCAACCGCUAAAGAUAAAGAAGCUCUUAAGUCUGCUGUGGAGAGGGUGAACGAAGCCUUGGGCAACACGGUUGGUUUUGCUGGAAAACACUCUGAGCUGCUGGAGUUAGCAGCAAGAGACUUUGCCUACAGUCUGUCCAAGACAUUCAUGGGUGCUUUGCUGGUGGAGCAUGCUGCAGCUGAUGGUGCCACCGAUAUGGAUGUAUAUGCUGCACAGAGGUGGUGUGAAGCAAACUUGUGCCCUGUGAUCACCGCCCUGAAGGCAGGAGCCUACACUGGCAGGGCUGUGGAUGCCAACUUCCGCAUGGUGUUUGACGGCUACCCGCAUCCCAGUCGCUUGUGAAGACAGCCUCCAUCUUCCCCAGGCUUGCAUACUGUGAUAACAUGGACGUGCUGGGCACAUCACAGCACAGUGGACCAGAUGUCAGGAACACACAUACAUCACACCUGAUUUGCUGUCUGUAGUAUAUGAACAUUGGACAGCCCUUGAUUACUGGCAUUGAAGUGACACACCGGUACACCGAACAGUCUCACUUAAAAUGCCACUUUGUUUUCUACAAUACAUUAUGUACAUACUUCA